AUGAUUGCUCUGCAGCAUGCAGCGCCCGCACCUGAUCCUCUCUCAGUUCCGGCGAACGCCCCAGAACACUGUCCAGGAACGGAAUCAGAGCUAGCAGGGAAAGCAGACGCAUGUGCAGGAUGUGCCAAUCAAGAGAUCUGCGCCUCCGGGCAGACACGGGGCCCUGACCCUGCGCUCCCGCUUGUCCGAGAGCGGAUGUCUACUGUCAAGCGCAAGAUCCUCGUCUUGUCGGGCAAGGGAGGAGUCGGGAAGUCAACAUUCACUGCGCAGCUUGGGUGGGCGUUCGCUGCAGAUGGGCAGCUACAGACUGGAAUUAUGGACGUGGACAUCUGUGGCCCCUCAAUACCCACCAUUCUUGGCAUCGCGUCAGAACAAGUGCAUUCUUCAUCCUCUGGCUGGUCUCCCGUCUACGUUCAAGACAACCUGGGCGUCAUGUCCGUCGGCUUCAUGCUCCCCUCGUCCAAGGACGCGAUUAUGUGGCGAGGCCCCAAGAAGAACGGCCUCAUCUCUCAAUUCUUGAAAGAUGUGGACUGGGGCGACCUCGACUACCUGGUCAUCGACACCCCUCCCGGAACGUCCGACGAGCACCUAAGCAUCGUCCAGUACCUCAAGGAGAGCGGUAUCGACGGAGCGGUGGUCAUCACGACACCGCAGGAAGUUGCGCUCCAGGACGUGCGGAGAGAGAUCGACUUCUGCAGGAAGGUCGGCAUCCGGGUCCUCGGGCUGGUGGAGAACAUGUCGGGAUUUGUCUGCCCCAACUGCCAAACCGAGUCACAGAUAUUCAAGCCCAGCACUGGCGGUGGGCGGCGGCUGGCACAGGAUAUGAACGUGGAAUUCUUGGGCUCGGUUCCUCUCGAUCCGCGGAUCGGUAAGAGUGCAGACUACGGCGUGAGUUUCUUGGACGAGUAUCCGGACAGCCCAGCUAGCGUUGCAUACCUCGACAUCAUAGACAGAAUCAAGGAUAUCCUAGGGGAUUCUUGA